UAUUCGUGUGUACAAAAAUAUCUCUCACUCAAACAAUAUCAGCACCUCACAAAUAUAUCACUUAGAAAAUUCUCAUAUAUUGAUGGCUUAAUGCUGUAAUUAGUUUCAUCCAAAACUAUCAAUCUAAUCAAUAUACUAAGCAAUCUUUGCUAAAAAUAGUUCUUGCCCUCCAACUGUUUGCUUAAUUGUUACAAUCAACUAUACUUUUCUUUUUCUUUCUUUCUUACCGUAGUUUCUCCUGAACUUGAGAUCAAUCAUGGCUGCAAAACUUGAGGGGGGAGCUUUUCUCUCUUCCUUUGUUAAUGUUGUUUUAAAUAAGUUGUCUUCAAUACUUGAAGAUAACUCAAUCCCGGAAAGAGAAUUGUUUCGAAGGUUGCAGAAAAGUCUCCUUGCUGUUCGACCCGUGCUUGAUGAUGCUGAUCACAAACAGUUCAAAGACCAAGAAGUUAAUAAGUGGCUUGUUAAUCUCCAAGAUGCUCUUUAUAUGGCUGAUGAUUUGGUGGACGAACUCAACACAAAAUCUGCCAUUGCUACUCAAAGGGAUCCAGGUAACUCUUCCUGGCCUCGUUGUGUUGUUGAUUGGUAUUUGGAAGAUAUUGACAUGGAACACAUAGUUUCUAGACUAGAGUCUAUUGUAGAACUGAGAGUUCAUCUUCAUUUAGAAGAGAUUCCUAUGGAGGACAUGUCAUGGAGAGCUGAAUCCACAUCUCUGGCUGAGGGUGAUGUAUAUGGCAGGGACACAGAGAAGGAGGAGAUAAUAGAGAUGUUGCUAGAUGGUACUGGUAACUUGUCUGUGAUCUCUAUAGAAGGUAUGGGUGGAGUUGGAAAAACCACUUUGGCUCAGUUGAUUUACAAUGAUGAGAAAGUGGUGGAGAAAUUUGACAUUAGAGUAUGGGUGUGUGUUGCUACAAAGUUUGAUCCUGUUAAUGUUACAAAGGCUAUAAUAGAGGAAAUAACUUCUUCUUCUUGUUGCAUUGUUAGUUUGAAUUCACUUCAAACUGAAUUGAAGAAAAAGUUGAUGGGAAAUACAUUCUUGGUUGUUUUAGAUGAUGUUUGGAACAAUCAACAAACUUUGUGGGAUAGUUUUGUAAAGCUUUUUCUGUGUGGGAACAAAGGAAGUAAAAUUCUUUUAACAACCCGUAAUGAAAAUGUUGAUUCUGUUGUGUCAACUACUAAUUUACAUUACAAACUAGAUAUAUUGUCUAUAGAAGAUUGUUGGUCAAUGUUUCUGAAACAUUCAUCUCUUUCUACUAAAUGUAGUCAAUAUAGAGCUCUAGAAUCAAUUGGUAGAAAAAUUGUCAAAAAGUGCAAGGGUUUACCUUUGGCUGUGAAAACUCUUGGAGGUUUAUUACGCAAUAAGUAUAAAGAGGAUUGGAAUAUUAUAUUGGAAAGUGAAAUUUGGGAACUUUCGGAAGAUGAUAGUAAGAUUGUUCCAGCAUUAAGUGUUAGUUAUCACUACCUUCCUUCAGAUUUAAAGCAGUGCUUUGUUUAUUGUUCAUUAUAUCCAGAGGAUUAUCAAUUUGAUAAAGAGGAAUUAAUCUUGAUAUGGAUGGCUGAAGAUCUUUUACAGCCAAUGGGGAAAAGCACAUUAGAAAAAAUUGGUCGUGUGUAUUUCCAUGAAUUAGUUGCAAGAUCAUUUUUUCAACCUUCUAGUACGAACGGUAGCUUAUUUGUAAUGCAUGAUCUCAUGCAUGACCUAGCAACAUUUUUUGCUAGCAAAUUCUAUUUCAGAGUUAAAGAAUUUGGCAACCCACACGUGAUUGAUAGCAAAACUCGUCAUUUGUCAUACACUACAAAACCUUGGGAUCGAAUCUCAAGACUUCGAGAGGCCUGCAAUGGAGCAAGACACAUGAGAACAUUUCUGUAUUUUCAUUUGCUUCACAGUCAUCAAUCAAUUGAUAUAGAAAGCGAUUCUUGGCUCUUGCUACUACAGUUGAAGUGUUUAAGAGUUUUGUCAUUUAAAUGCUUCCCCAUCAAAUCAUUGCCCGAUUCAAUUGGUGAAUUGAUUCAUUUACGAUACUUGGAUCUCUCGUUUACACCUAUUGUGAUAUUACCUGAGUCAUUGUGCAACUUGUACAAUCUACAAACGUUGAAAUUGAAGAAUUGUCAUCAGUUGGAGAUGCUUCCUUGCCGCAUGCAUGAUCUUGUGAACUUGCGCCAUCUUGACAUCGAAGGAGCUUCUCGUUUGAAAGAGAUGCCGAAAGGAAUGGGAAAAUUAAAGCAUUUGAAUUUAUUAGAACGCUAUAUUGUUGGUGAGCAUGAAGAGAAUGGAAUUAAAGAAUUGGCAACACUCAACAAUCUUCAAGGGUCACUUUGCAUUGUCAAUUUAGAGAAUGUUACCAAUAGUGGUGAAGCUUUUGAGGCAAAGAUGGGCAAAAAGGAGCACAUAACAAUUUUAGAGUUGAAAUGGCUUCCAAAUGGUGAUAUUGUUGAUUUUCAAUCUGAAAGAGGUAUACUUGAAAAAUUACAACCUCACAGAGACUUGAAACUGCUAUCAAUUAUGGGUUACAGGGGUGAAAUAUUCCCAGAGUGGUUAGGGAAUUCCUCCUACAGCAAUAUGAUGAAACUGAGCCUCAGUCAUUGUAAAAAUUGUAAUGAGCUUCCUUCAUUUGGACAGUUACCGAAUUUGCAGCAUCUGGAGAUUUUUGAACUUGAUAGGUUGGAGCGAAUUGGUUAUGAGUUUUACAAGAAUGAUGAAUCAUUACUGAAGACACCCUUCAAAUCUCUCGAAAGUCUGACAUUUAAGAGUAUGCCUUGUUGGAGGGAGUGGCAUUUUCCUGAUGAGUUCAAUGGUUUUCCUCAGCUUAAAAGUCUUUCAAUAAUAGACUGUCCAGUGUUAACAGGAGAUUUGCCCAAUCACCUUCCGUCUCUGGAACAACUUACCGUUUUGGAAUGUGAAGAGCUUGCAUGUUCACUGCCGAGAGGUCCCAAGCUUCACCAAUUACAUGUAGUGGGUGUGACUGGUAUGAUAACAAAUGUAGCAUCGGAAUGGAUUGUAAUUGAAGGAACCCAGCUGGCAGAGUCCAUAUUGGAGUGCCUGUCCUGCACCGAAGCACCUUGUCUCCAAUCUUUAGCCAUCGGAGGGUGUUCGACAGACAUAUCAAUUUCAGGGGAUUAUUUGCCUGCUUCAUUACAACAACUGGAAAUCUGGGAUUGUAAAAAAUUAACAUUCUCAGGGCUACUACAACACAAGUUACUAAUGGAGAUAUAUGUGUACAAUUGUGAUUCCCUGAUGUUGUUCCCAUUAGGGUCCCUUCCAAAUCUCAGGAGACUCACGAUCGAUUCAUGUAGAAACAUGGAACGUGUUCUGGUGCCACAACAUAGUGAUGAUGCUCUCCCAAGUCUCCUUUAUUUAGAGAUCAAAUACUGCCCCCGUUUAGUAUCCUUGUCCACACUAGGCUUGGCUGCGCCCCACCUAGAGGAACUGCAUAUAGAAUUCUGCCCAAAAAUCAAAUCUUUUCCUGAGGGGUCCCUCCCGCAAAGUUUGGCAAGUCUUUGGAUCAAUGGCUGCCCGAAAUUCGCAUAGCAUCGAAGGCUUUACACAGUCAAGGCCUUACCAGCCUUUUCCUCAUAUCAUGGAGUGAGGUUAGGCCCUUACUCAGAGAGGGUUGCAUUCCUGCUUUCGUUGAGUUUCUACUUUCUCACCUCCCUCAAAGAAUUAAGCAUUCUAGACUACCCGAAGCUGGAAGAAAAGCUGCCCGUCUCCAUAACAAAACUCGAAGUCAAAAAGAGUCCUUUAUGGCAUAUGAAAGACCAACAACUUCAAUCCGAAGAUGACUGUCCUAAUGAGCUAUUUGUUUGGUGACUAAAGUUUUUUAAACAGAAUAGAGGCUGCAUCGUGUUGAUUCUGACUUCACCUUGUAUUCAACUUGCAAGGAUUCUGUCUGUUAAUGUCUUGGCGAAAAGCAUAUCUCUUGGAUUGGGUCAGUCAGAUUUGAGCUCAUGGAAUUCUGUUAUUUGUUUGUCUGAAUUUUAUCAUCUUUAAUCCAAAAUUGAUCAGCUCAAGAUUCUUGAAGGUUUUUUCUUCUCUUUUUGGUGUUUGUUUAUGCAGAAACUAAAUAUUAGUAUGCCAAUAUGCUUUUCUUUGUGAAUAUCUAUAGACUAUAAUCUCUAAAAUAUACUUAUAUGGUGUUAUAUAGUUUGACUUUAUAUGAAAUGUUGGUUUCACUUUUUAAGGAAGACUAAAAGUGUGAAUAUUAACGGAAGGCCCACACAUUGUGAUAAUUCGGAGUGCACUGAAAUAAUUUUGUGCUGUCCGUGUUUUGCAAUUGCUGCUAUCUCUUGCACUGUUUAUGUGUAUUUUUAUUGAUUAUAUAAUCUUACUUUGCUUUGUUCAGGCGUAUAAGGCAAAUCGAGGAGCUUGCUAUCACAAUAAAUCUCUCUAGAACCAUAAAUAUGUCGAUUAAAGUAUUUGCUUAAUCAGAGGUUACAUAAGAAAAGUAUAGUUGUCUUUUGUAUUGAUAUUAUUUAUUAUUUGAAUUUUCAAUACCCAACUUGGCAAACAUGACCUUUAUUUAUUUUAGAUGGGUAAUUGCAAUAGAAUUUAUCAUUGCAUUUCAAACUCCUUACCCCAAAAUUACAUCUCUAGUUUAGAAGUCAUAGCUUGCAAAACUUUCCUUGCUGUAGUGAAAGUACUAAAUUGAUCUAAUAUAUCUUUG